UUGAAUGUAUAUAGUAGCAUAGAGAAAACUGGUGUGUUUUGCGUAGGCAAAGGGACAACACGAUCAUUGUAUGCACACGUACAACAAAUAAAUUUCAGGUCUCACAGUAGCUCAAAAUUCUGCGUCAUUUCAGUUUUCGUACUUCACAUUUAUUUGACCAUAUUCGUUGGUUUGACUUAAGGAAAUAUUACAUUUAAGUUGAUUGACACUUUUUCUUACCGUCAACUUCAUAAUUGUUUAAAUUUGGCUUAUUUUGAGAAGAAAUAAUAAAUCAUUUUUCUGUUUUUCCAUGGAUUAAUUCAUUUUAUUCUUAGUACAGCUAAGACCAGAGUAUUAAUUAUUUUUUUUUAAAUUGAAUUUUACCCUCAAUUAACUCAACUAACAGACUUUUUUUUAAAAAAAAGAUGUCUAGCUCGUCUUCAAAAUUCAAAAACUUUCCAGAAGUUGACAAAUUUAUCCAAAAACUUAUCUCAGUUCCUUCGGAUCAGGACGUUUACGAGCUCCUAGAACUAGAAAAGUUGAAAACCCGCAUAAUAAUCAAAGCUCACAAUACACAGGCAGAAAAACUAGAGGCCACUUUGGGGAAUCUUCUCACCCGGAACAUCUCGUCAUAUGCUCGGAACAAACGAAAAGAGUCGGAACAGUUUGUGAUAUAUGCAACAGAUGUUUUCUACGUGUACCGCUACCAUACACCGUCUGUCAAAUUCUGUCAACCAUUCACUGCCGAUGAAAAGAAAUUGAUCGAUGAUCUUCAAGGAUUUGUCUGCAAGUCAAGCUCACUGCGCAGAACAAUUUCUAAUGAGUCCGCUUUCCCAACACUUGAAACGAAUGGAGCCGAAUUUGCAUCGACAGAAUAUCCUGCGCAGCUUUGGAUUGACAAGUGGAGUGAGUGGCGCAAAUAUAAUGACCCGUAUGAGCUCUCGAGAGGAAAUUUAAAUAAGGGCUUUGAAAACCUGCGAGAGACGAGACCUAGAAAUUCAAGAGACGAGUCGGAGCCUCGAACCUGGAGUCACGAAACUUACGAACCGUCAGGAGAAACAUCGGACCAAAGUCGAGUUGAACUGGAUCGUAGCAAAGAAAAAGCGAAAAACAAGACGAGGAGAGACUCUUGGUUUUCGUCUCGCAGCUCCUCAAUUUCAAAUGCUUCUGAUGUGUCAGAAGUUGGGGAAAAGUCGGCAGACCGAAGCCAGAAUCCAACUGAUGAACCCAAUGUUAAAGCAUCUACACCAAAUUUCGAUGAAAAUAAUCUGGAUAAAAAUGGCGAAGACGAGGAUGAAGAUGAAGACGACUAUAAAGAAACUUUCGAUUGCCUUUUCUACAACUGGCCUCCAAAAAACUCCUUCUUUUCAACGAGGGGCGCGAGCUUGUCAAGCAGCUACCAAAGCUACUUUUCUCAAUUACGCUUUUCAAAGCGGAACGACCCAACAAGAAAAUUCACUAUAGCUAAAACGCGGAGAAAAGUGAAAGAGUUGCUAGAGCUGAAGCUAAAUAACGCUUCCAAGGCCGAGUUUGAACCUCUGUGGAACGCUUUCAACAGGGAUCCGUCAUAUGGCCGCUGGUCGAAAUUUGCUCCAGAUAUGGAGUUGGAAAAACAUGGAUUUAAUUGGUACCCAACGAAGUUAUUGUCGCGUUUAAAAACGUUAAACUUCUUGCAAAAUCAAAAUGUUCCGCCGAUUUGUCCUAGAACUGAGAAGGAAGCUUGUGAAAUCCUCAACAGUGUGGACGAUGAAAAAUAUCUGGAAAAUUUAGUUCUUAAUAGUUUGAAAAUUACAAAACAGUCAGCACCCUGGGAAAACGCCGAACGCUUACUUAGCAGAAUUCUCGCAAUCGAGGAAAACGAGCAAAAGCUGAACGUGUUGUCUGAUUCGUUCCAUAAUAAUCACGACGUCAAAGUUGUUCGUGAUAACAACUCGGCAAUUUUUACGCACAUUCCUUUCACAGGGGUCAAAUUAUAUUCAAAAAAGGCAUCUAAGGAGCAAAAAUCACAGGCUGAAUGCUCUUCUGGCCGUAAUAAUACUAAUGCAUUGAUUGCUAUUAGUUAUAACUCCUCGGACCAAAAACUGGUGCACAAACUAUCCAUCGAUUUACAAAACAUGGGAUAUGACGUAUUGAUCAACAAAGAACAAACGGGACAGACAAUUCGAGAAGCAAUGGAAAAUGAAGUUCGAAACUCAAACAUUGUUCUCCCAAUUUUGUCCAAAGAAUAUGAAGUCAGUGAAAAUUGCCAAAUCGAGUUUAACUAUGCGGUUGAUUCCAAGAAACAGUUGAUUCCAAUAAUUUUUCAGAGAGGUUAUCAGCCCGGAGAACGCGUGGCGAGUGGCAUCUCCAAUUUUCCGUGUUUUGAUUUCUCAGAAAGCGGAGAUUACUUAGCAGAUAUGAAGGAAUAUGUCGCCAGCUUUGAAAAGCUGGUGAAACAAAUCAAUGAUUUGUUAUGAAAAAGUAUACAGCAAAAGAAAUAACUACACGGGGAAAACCGUUACCGAGAAAAUCAUACCUUAGCGUUAUUUGUGUUUAUAAAAUCUCGCACCUAGUUGAUCGAAAAAUUUGAUUUCACCAUCA